UUUCCGUAGAAGUCUGUGUGUCGGCUAUUGCAGAGUACUGCAGGAAACAAAUUCACUUUGAGCGUGUCUUCAGAAAAAUGUUUGCCGUGAAGCUCGUUCAGAGGUCUAGCCAAGUGGCUAGCGUUGCUGGAGCACUACGUCAGUAUACUACAACCCGCGAAUCGUUGAAGAUCGGCAAGCACACAAAGGUUAUAUGUCAAGGUUUCACCGGUAAACAAGGAAGCUUUCAUUCCCGCCAGACAAUUGAAUAUGGCACCAAUUUCGUUGGUGGUGUCUCUCCCGGAAAAGGUGGACAAACACAUCUUGACAGACCUGUAUUUAACUCCGUUAGGGAGGCCAUGGACAAGGUAGGUGCGACUGCAACAGUGAUUUUUGUACCUCCCCCUGUUGCUGCGAGAGCUAUUGAGGAGGCGAUGGAUGCUGAAAUUCCAUUGGCCGUUUGCAUCACGGAAGGUAUUCCUCAACACGACAUGGUCCGGGUGAAAAAUCGUCUGUUGAACCAGAACAAAACGCGACUAAUUGGACCUAACUGUCCGGGAAUUAUCAAGCCGGAGGAAUGUAAGAUCGGAAUUAUGCCAGGCCACAUUCACCAAAAAGGAAAAAUUGGUAUUGUAUCACGUUCGGGGACUCUCACGUACGAGGCAGUGCAUCAGACAACACACGUCGGAUUAGGACAGUCCCUUUGCAUUGGUAUCGGUGGAGAUCCGUUCAAUGGCACAAACUUCAUCGAUUGUCUCGAUAUAUUUCUGCGCGAUCCUGAGACGAAAGGUAUCAUUCUCAUUGGUGAGAUUGGCGGUAGCGAUGAGGAGAACGCAGCCGACUUCCUUAAGGCCAAUAACACAGGACCCAGUGCGAAGCCUGUAGUUUCGUUUAUUGCUGGCCUAACAGCACCUCCUGGACGUCGCAUGGGCCACGCCGGUGCCAUUAUUGCUGGGGGAAAGGGUGGUGCCCAAGCAAAAAUCGACGCACUAAAGGAAGCGGGAGUGCACGUAACAAAGAGUCCUGCUCAGAUGGGUUCUACGAUGAUCCAGGAGAUGAAGAAACGCGGCCUGGCCUAAACCAUUUUCAAAUUUAAUUCUUUAUUCAGCUUCACUUGAAGAAAACAGGCAGCACCCGAAUAACAGCAAAAAGUAUUUGUUCCCGCUCAGUCACAAUCACAGCCGGUUAAAAACUGCAAAAGGUUAAAGCUAAGCUGGCGUAACGUUUGUGUGGAAAAAAAACAGAAGAACUAUUAUUCGUCGAUAAAAUGAAAUUAAUUCGUCACCGGCCAUUAGUUUGAAUGUAUCGUUGCAUCAUCGUGAAGUAUUGUUUUUUUUUUAUGAAAAAGGACAAGCACCGGAAUAUAGUUUAGCCCUUAUCGAUCCGGGAAGAGCUUGGCAGUAGUAGGAACACGAUAUGCGUCUGAGGAUGUUUAUGAGCGUCUACAUAGAUAGAAACUCUUUUUGGCAAGAAUCUGUCAUCGUGCGACUCUUGGAACAAUUAUACAUGGUACACACAAUCACACAUAAAACACACCGAACUAGUGCGUGGAAAUAACUCGAAUAGCUUUCUACUCAUAUACAAUAAUAACUUAGCCUUUAGUAUGAAUUUCGUCUGUGAAUAUAAAGCUGGUAAAGAAGACGGUAAGAAGCUGUCUUUAUUCUUUUAAAUUUAUAUAAUUACACGGUUUUAAACGCGAGCAUAUCCAUAAUAGAAAACAAUAAGGUGGAAACGACAAGAGGGCAGAUGAGCUAAACAAGGCCAAGCUUCUUCCAUUUAAUCCUGAUUAGUUAUAAAGAUAUAUUACCGAUACGAAUGAUAUGGAUAUUUGAAUUUCUGAUCGUGUAAUGUUUAUUGCUGCGAAGGCUGCUUGUCCGGGUUGGAGCUGGAAUGAUUAAAAAGGAGAUGAUUAACUGUAAUUAAUCGAAAGUAAGAAGUGCGAUAAUGGAAGGGAUUGAGGAUCUAAGCACAACAACAAAAAUAACAAUUUUCAAGUGGCACAUUAUCUUAAAUAGGUGACGCGACGAGACAGAGAAGAAAGGAAUCAAUGUAGACGUAUGGCAUAUCCUUUUUGGAAUUGUGUCCAUGGUGAGAUUUACGCGUCUACAAAAUUAAAUGGUAUGAAAA